UCCGUGACAGGCAUCGCCGCGCGAAAGAUCGAAGGCGGGCAGGCAGAGGCGUAGUCCCCGUGCAUCCCUUCGCCUCGCGCUUCUACGUCAUCCCAUUUCAGAAGCGAUUUGCUGUCGAGGCAGCGGCACUCGUGGUCGUGGCAGUGCCACGUCUUGCAGAUUUUCCGCAACCAGCCGGGGGAAACCAUAGCUUGUUUUGAGACGUCUUACAACGAAUCCUGCGCAACCAGCCGGGGAACACACCUGGAAUCGCAUCAGCUAAAGGACACGUGAGAUUCUGUUCAGCUAGGGGACAGCUGUGUUUGGUUCAUCUAGGGAACAGCCAGGAUCUAACCAGCCGGGAUCUGACCAGCCAGGGGACACCUGGGAUUGAAUCAGCUAGGGGCAACGAAUCGCGUGCGUCGAUGGGGUUAGACGGGCUGAGGGAUCGGGAUGAGUCAGACCACCGGCCAGCGCGAGUGCCGGGGGAGCGGGGAGCAGUCGCAGGGGAGGAGGAAGAGGACGCGACGGACGGGGGAGAGACGGGGGGGGAAGAGGACGUUGACGGAGAGGAGGUAGACGUUGACGGAGCGGAGGCAGACGUUGACGGAGAGGAGGUAGACGUUGACGGACGAGAAGACGGUGAGGAGGAGGAGGAAAUAGGCGAGCCACAGACGAUGCGGCUCUACGUGGAAGAUCUGGUAACCAGCACGACGGAUUCCGCUAGGACCGGGCUCGUUGCUGACGUGGCAGGCCGCGUGGACAGCGACGACGAUGACGAGGACGAGGAUGACGAGGAUUCGUUAGAAGACGGCUACGCUAGGGUUUGCUGGCUGGGGUCGGAGGAACCCACGGAGGAGAAAAUAGAGGAUCUUAGAAUCAUAGACCGUUGUUUCUUACACGGAGAUAUCGUGGCGCGUGCAGACGAUCCGCUAGGGCAGACCGGAACCGUGACAGCUGUCGAUCUCCUAUUGGACGUCGAGCUCGCGUCGGGGGAGAUCGUGAGAGAUGUGGAUUCCCGGCGGUUGGUUCCGAUCCGAUCCGUGAAACCCGGAGGAUUUGUCGUUUACCGCGACUGGGUGGGGAGGGUUGACGACAUUCUCGAUAACCUCGUUCUCGUUUUCGACGACGGGGCGAAAUGUCGGGUUACCAAAGUCAGCCCCGACGAUUUGUUCCCGGUCAGACCGUCCGCGACGGACGACGAGGAGAGCAUUCUUUUCUGGCCCGGGCAGCGCGUGCGCGCAACUUUUCCGGGCAUCUUCCGCCGCGCCCAAUGGCUGAAGGGCACGUGGAAGCAGUCGCGCGCGGAGGCCACUGUAGCAGUCGUGGAGCCCGGAACGGCGCUCGUGCAAUGGGUCAUGGGGAGACAGCUCAGCAGCGGCGGAAGCGGCGGCGCUGGCGGCGGCGGCGGCGGCGGCGGCGGUGGUGGUGGGGAUGGGGAUGGGGAUGGGGGCGCAGUUGACGGGGAAGAGAGUGGCGCGGAUGUUGACGGGGGGAGCAGCAACACCGGCAGCGGCGGAAGGAGGAAAGGCGCGAGGAAAGGGGAGAAGGGCGCGGGGAAGGGGGCUAAGGGGCCUCCGCCGGACGAGGUAAGCGCGGCGGCGGUGCGCCCGCUGGUGCACUUUAACUACGCCAACUGGCAGGUGGGGGACCACUGCUUGCGGCUCAUAGAGGGGAAGGAGGCGGAGGGGAUAGGGGGAGGGGUGGGAGCAAGGGAGGAGGGGGGGACAGGAGAGGGGGAAGCGAGGGAAGAGGGUGGGGGGAGGGAGGGGAAGGGGGGAGAGGAGGCGGAGGCAGGUGAAGCGGAAGAGACGGACCCGCUUAUUGGUUCUGGCAGUAAUACUAGCUCUGUCACAACCAGCAGCACUGUCGCCACUAGCGCCACCACCAGCAACGCCACUGGCAGCAACACUGCAAGUACCGCCGCCGCUGUUACUAGCAGCAGCAGGAGCAGCGGUCAUUUCUUUUGGCGUCGAGGCGGCAGGGGCAAAAAAACGCAUUCAAAGAAGAAAAACCCGCCUAAAACCCCCAAGGGCGUGGAGCGGUCCCCUAUGGUGGUGCGGACGGCGACCCACGUGGGCGUGACGUGGCAGGACGGGAGGGAGGAGCGGGGUAUAGAUGCGUGCGAGUUAAUACCCGUGGAAAAUCUGGGUGAACACGACUUUUGGCCGGAGGAUUAUGUGGUUGAGAAACAUGGGGAGGACGAGUUGGGAAUGGGGGUGGGGAUGGGGGUGGGGAUGGGGGUGGGGAUGGGGAGUGGAGUGGGAGGGGGAGCAGGAGGGGAAGGAGGGUUGGGGGUUGGGGAUGGGAGAGGGAGGGGAGGUGGGGAGAAGGGAAUGGCUGGUGCUGCAGCGGAUCUGGUCACUCUCUUGACUUCCGCUGCUGACGCUGCUGCUGACGCUGCUGCUGACGUUGCCGCCACUGCUGCUGACGCUGCCGCCACGUCUGUGGUUGCUGGUACAGAUGCUGCCGAUGCGGAAGGGAGAGGGAGGGGAGGUGGUGGGGAGAAGGGAAUGGCUGGUGCUGCAGCGGAUCUGGUUGCUCUCUUGACGUCUGCUGCUGACGCCGUUUCGCCUGUCGCUGUCAGUAGAUCUGCAAAUGCGGCUGCAGAUGUGCCGGCCAUUACAGGUGCAGACGCUGGUGCUGCUGGCACAGCAGCAGCAGCAGCAGCCGUAGCAGCAGAAGAACUAUCAGCAGCAGCUGGCGAAUCAGCAGUCGCCGAAUCAGCAGCUGUUGAAUCAGCAGAAUUAGCAGCAGCCGGAUCAGUCGAAUCAGGCGAAUCAGCAGAAGUGGCGAGGUUCGGCCCAGCUGGGGAUUUGAGUGAACAUGGGAAACCUUUUGAGUCGACUCAAAACGAGGUGACUCUUGAGUCGACUCAAAACGACGUGACUCUUGAGUCGACUCAAAAGAAACCGGCAGCACAUGCAGAAGCAGGGGGAGGGAAGGGGGUCGAAUCGGGGGAAAGCAGCUCUGUUACUGCAGUAGCAGCAGCAGAUGCCGUCCCUGCGUCUGCCGUCCCAGUGGCUCCCGCCCCUCUCUCCGUUCUGAUGGGAGGGCCGUGGGGGCGAGUGGGGUACGUGAAAACGGUAGACCACAAGCAGCGGACGGCCAUAGUCGCAUGGGCUAGGGGUGUUGAGAAGCGAGGGAAGGAAGGCGUGGCGGGAAGGGCAGGGGAGUUGGAGGGGUUUGGGGGGGCAGAGAAAAGAAGGGAAGGAGGGAUGGAGAGGGAGGGGGAGGAGAAAGACGAGGGGGCGCAAGCGGGAGGAGGAGGAGGUGGAGUGAAAAGGGAGGGAGGAGGUGUGGGGGGGUGGGAGGGGGUGGUGGAGUUUUGUGAGGAGUUGGCUGCGGUGUACGAGCUGGCAGAGCACCCCGACUGGAACUUCAGGCUGGGGGACGUGGGAGGAUGGUGGGAAGGAGAAGGGCAAAGGGGGGAGGGUGGUGCAGGGGAAGGGGAGGAGGGAGGAGGGGAGGAGGAUGAAGUGGAGGAUGAUGAGAAAGCGGAGGAGAAAGAGGAGAAAGCGGAGGAGAACGAGAAGGAGGAGGAAGAAGUCGACGGGGAAGAAGAGGAGGAGGGAGAGGAGGGAGAGGAGGAGGGAGAGGAGGAGAGUGAUGCGGAUGGGUGUGGAGAGAGAGUGGAUGCGUCAUGGGUGGGUGAGGUUAUCGCCAUGCGCCGUGGUCUCCUCACUGUCGCAUGGGCUGAUGGCUCUGUUUCCGAGUUGUAUAAUGUGGUGAAUAGGGAUGAUGAGGAGGAUAUUUAUGAGGGGGACGAGGGUUCGGAAGACGAGGAUGCUUAUAUCGAGGAUGAGGACGAGGACGGGUGGGAGACAGCAGACGAGGAGGAGGAGGAGGUAGAGGGGGAGGAGGGGGCAGCUGGACUAACAGGACGAAGGGGAGCUGAGGGAGGUAGCGCGGGAGAGAGUACAUUAGGGCUAGAACAGGCGCAGAAGCGAGGAUUAGAGAAUCCCCUGGACGAACCCUUGGGUUUGGGCGCCGGUGUGGGCCUGGGGAGGGGCGCUAGAGCGGCCUCAAUCUCAACGAGUGGACAGGAGAUUCACUCGGAGGGGUCUAGGGUGGAAGGGGAGUCAGGGGUGCGUGGUGAUGGGAGCUCUGCGGGAAUUGGGCUGGCUUUGCUGUUGGAGGGAAGAAGAGGAGGGGGAGAGGGAGAGAAAGGGGAGGCAAGGGAAGGAAGGAAGGAGGUGGGGGAGAGACCAGCGAGCGAGAGGAGGCAGGAAGGGACGGGUGAAAGGUUGGAAGAGGUGGACGACGGAGCGAGAGAGGAGGCGGCAGAAGGUGCGAGGGCAGAGGGGGAAGGUGGGGGUGAGACCAAGGAAGGGGCAAAGGGUGGGGCAGAGGGGGAGGGUGGGGGUGGAGCGGAGGAUGAAACGCAGCAGAUGGGAAAGAAUGAGCCUGGGACCGCGGCAGGGGAAGGGACGGGGGAAGGGGAAGGGACAGGGAAAGAGAUACGGGGAGAGGGCACACCAGAAGGGGCAGAUGCAGGGAGAGAGACAGGGGAAGGGGAAGGGGAAGGGGAAGGGGAAAGGGAAGGAACAGCAGCAGCGGCAGGGGCAGCGGAAGGGGCAGGUGCAGGGAGCAAGGAUGCGUGGCGGCAGUUUGACAGCGUGACUGAUGCUUCGGACCAUCACUUCGCGUCUCAGACAUUCCAGCCCGGCAAUCGCAAGUGGGCCAAGGCCGUGCACAAGGACUGGGAGAUGCUCCAGACCAACCUGCCAGACUCCAUCUCUGUGCGCGUGUAUGAGGACCGCAUGGACCUACUAAGGGUAGCGAUCGCCGGACCGCCAGACACCCCCUACCACCUAGGUCUCUUCUUCUUCGACCUCUGGCUGCCGCCCGACUACCCUGCUGUGCCUCCUUCUGUGCACUACCACUCGGGCGGUUUGCGAGUGAACCCUAAUCUAUACGACAACGGCAAGGUGUGCCUGUCGCUGCUGAACACGUGGGGAGGCAAGGGCACGGAGGUUUGGCACACAGGCUGCUCGAUAUUACAGGUGCUCGUCUCCAUCCAGGGCUUAGUGCUCGUGCCGCGCCCUUACUUCAACGAGGCGGGGUACGAGAGGCAGAGGGGAACAGCAGAGGGGGAGAGGAACGCUGACCUCUACAACGAGAGUGCUUUCCUGCUGUCGUGUAAAACCAUGAUCUACGGCAUUCGCAACCCCCCCAAGCAUUUCGAGCCUCUAGUGGCCCUUCAUUUCAAGCAGCAUGCAGCAGCCAUCAUUGCCCUGUGCGACACGUACUCCAAGGGAGCCAGGGUGUGCCCGAUCAAGAGCGCAAGCAAGGCGUGCACAGCCAAGGGUACGGAUGCAGCAGCUAAGGGAACCACUACGAAUGUUUCAGAAAGCACGGGCAAUCCUGAAGGGAGUCAGCAGCAGGGGGAGGAUUCGCUGGGGCAGCAGGGAGCCAGGGCAGCUGAUGUGGUGCAAAGCGGUGGUGGUGAAGAGGAGUGUUCUGCGGGGUUCAAGAUGAUGCUGGAAAAGCUGAGGCCCCAGUUAGAACUGGCCUUGGCACGCAUCUUGAGCUGAGGGCGUGAGGCCUCACUUUUUCCUAGAAUUUUGAGCCACUUACAGAAUAAGACUACGUGCAGGUACACCUGUGCUAUGAUGAUAUACUCUAGUCCAGCAUGUUGUCAUUUUUUUGCCCUCCGCGUCGAGAUCAGGACGUGAUUCAUAUGGUACGUUCUAAGAGCUCCUGUAAGGUUUAGUGCGGUACAGCUGGUAUUGCAGUGUUUAAAAGUAGAGC